AUGACACAACUGAAGCAAGACUUGACAAACCUCGACGAGUGCCUCCCUUCAUUUCUGACGCAAGAACAGCGUGCAGUGGCACAGACUGAGUUCUACAAGACACUUGCAGAGAAGGCGCACAAAUUCUAUCGCGGGAAGAUUCAGAUCAUGCCGAAGUGCACACUGUGCGGAUUUAAUUGGUUCAAUGCGUACUACACUCCCGGCGUAUCUCGCAUUUCAACAAACAUCCGCGAUGACAACGACUCAUCACUGUUGUAUACGAUGCGUGGCAACUUUGUUGGCGUUGUCUCAGACUCGACACGAGUGCUUGGUGAUGGCGAUGUGACACCUGCUGGUGGGCUUGGUGUGAUGGAAGGGAAGGCGUUGCUGAUGAAGUACUUGGGUGGUAUUGACGCCGUUCCCAUUUGCAUUGACUCGAAGGUUGCUGGGAAGAAUGAUGCUGAUGCGAUGAUAGAGUUUGUGCAGCGGAUACAACACACCUUUGGUGCAAUCAACUUGGAAGACAUAUCACAGCCAAACUGCUACAGAGUGCUUGACGUGUUGCGAGAGACUUGUGACAUCCCCGUUUGGCACGACGACCAACAAGGCACGGCAUCAGUGACGUUGGCUGGGUUGCUCAAUGCACUCAAGUUAGUUCACAAAAGACUGGAAGACAUCAAGAUGGUCUUUAUAGGUGCUGGGAGUGCAAAUGCGACGUGCCUGCGACUGAUAGUGAGUGCGGGUGCUGACCCAAAGAAAAUUGUGAUGUUUGAUAUCAAUGGGUCUCUUCAUAGUGGGCGUGAGGAUAUCGAGAAGGAUUCGCGGUUCUACAGGCAAUGGGAGAUCUGCAAGACAACAAACCCAGACAAAAUCAAGACAAUUCCAGAGGCUAUCAGAGGCGCUGAUGUACUUAUCUCACUGUCAGCACCCGGGCCGGGGGUCGUGAAAGGCGAUUGGAUCAGGUCGAUGGGAACAAAGCCGAUUGUCUUCUGCUGCGCAAAUCCAGUGCCAGAGAUCUACCCAUAUGAAGCAAAGGAGGCGGGCGCGUACAUCGUUGCUACAGGAAGAGGCGACUUCCCAAAUCAAGUCAACAACUCUGUUGGGUUUCCAGGCAUCUUGAAAGGCGCACUCAUUGUAAGAGCAAAGAAAAUCACAGACAACAUGGCUAUCGCAGCUUCAAAGGCACUUGCUGACUUUGCAGAGAAGAGGGGAAUCACACCAGACAACAUCAUUGGGACUAUGGACGAGCCAGGCAUCUUCCCACGAGAGGCAGCAGACGUCGCUAUGCAAGCUAUCAAAGACGGAGUCGCGAGAAUCACAAAUUUGACGUGGCAACAGGUCUACGAUAUGGCAGAGAAGGACAUCAAGGAGGCACGCGAAGGUGCCGACCUUCUCAUCGAAAAGAAAUUCAUCAAGGAGUUCCCACAGGAUCUUCUUGACGAGUCGAUCAACACGGCUAUCAAUGUAGCUACUAAAUAA